CGCAUAUAUAAAGCCGAAAACUAAUAGGAAGAAAGGGCUAUAUGAAAUGCAUAUAACAAGAUAUCCUUGUAGGGAUUUACGUGUACAAAUUGGAGAAAAUGAAUGGAAACAUGCUUUAGACAUGUGGAAUGAAUGUAUUGAAUACUUUAUGAGUAUUUCAGAUGUAGAAUUUAGAUAUAUACUUGAUGAUCGGGAGAGUGAAACAUUGUAUGAGUUUAUUAAAGAUUAUUUGGAUGCGCAUACACCAAGGAAACAUGUUAAUUUAAUGGUAAAUAAUGGUAAUGAAGCGGAAGAACGGCUUGAAAAGAAUGUAUUUUCGUUAAUAUACAAGAUUUUUACAUUGGAACAACCAAAUAUACAAAUUUUUGAGAUUCCAUUUGUAAUAUUUGAUUUCUGCAGUCUUUUUGGGUCUAGCAGUACAGAAUGUGUUUUUUUUUCUUUAGAAAAUCUCUAUAAAUAUGCAAAAAAUGAAGUUUUUUUGCAAAUACAAGGUGUUUAUGAAAAUUUUCAGGAAUUAAUGAAUAAACUUGUCUUUUUAAAGGGUAAGGAGUUAAUAGAGGAGGCAUUGAUGUACCGGGUAGCUAUUCGGUCAUUAAUAGUAUUUAUUCAGUUAUGUUUUCCAGCUACAUGUGUAUUUUUACAAGAUGAAGAGUUUUUACAAUUAAUGGUACAUCUUUAUCAUGAGAAUUCUAUUGUAGAUGAGAUGAAAUCUGAUUUUUUGUGUUUGGUAUAUACACUUUUUACAGCAUUUCUUUCAGAAAAUGAGGCACGUUUGUUAAUUAUCAAAAGAUUUGUCUGGUUAUAUGAACAAUUGUCAUUAGAAACAGCACUUUUGCGUGAUCUUGUGCUUGAUACAUCAAUUGUUGAACGUUUUUAUGAAUUUGAGUUAUUUUCUGAAGAAAUUAUGUCUCAGCUUAGGAUUUUGAGGGAAAAUACUGAAACAAAUGAUUCAAAAAGAUCUUUAGAUUCUUAUUUGGAUCCAUCAAUUAGACGAUUAUCUUUAAUAUCUCAUAUUAAAGAUAUAUUUCCUGAUUGUACAGAAGAAUUUAUUGAAUCCUGCCUUAAGAAAUAUUGUGAUGAUGUAGAAGCAGUGAUUUCUUAUAUUUUAGAAAACUCUUUUUCCUCAAAUAUUUGCUCAGUAGAUAAAAAGGCUUCUAAUUUUAAAUCAAAUGGUGGGGAAUUGUCAAAAGAUGUUUCAAAAAUGCCAGUUUAUCAUAAAGAUGAUACGAAUGUGUUUGUAGAUUGUCCUAAAAUAUAUAAAGGGAAAAAAAUUUUUCAGACAGCAGAUGAUAUAUUAAAAGACAAAUCAUUUGUUCGUGAAUAUAAACAGACUAUAUUGGACUUGGAACUUCUUAAUCAAGAUGAUGAAAGAGAUGAUACUUAUGAUGAUGUUGAUGAAUUUAUUAAUUUGGAAUCAUCUCAAGAAAAGAAUUCUAAUAAAUUGAUGGAUAAUAUGGAUGAAAUACUAUAUUUAACAUAUAUAGUAUCACCAGAGGUUUUUGAACGUGGAUCUCAUAUUAGAAGAUCUUCUGCUAGAAUAGAGCUUCGUUCAAAAACGGGUUUUUCUGAUGAACAAAUUGAAGGUUGGAAAAUCAUGUUGGAUAGAAAUCCUAAACGGAUAGAAAAACUUGAAAACAUGCUUAAGUUUUCUGGUGAUCAAGACCCAAUUCCUCUAGAAAGUAAAGAACAAGAUGAUAAAUUUAAUAAGAACUCUCAAAUCUCUCAAUUUUCAUAUAAGAAAGGUAAAAAAAAUAAAUAAAAUAUUUAAAAAAAGUAUUAUAUUAAGAUAUUUUUAAAAAUACUAUUGAAGAAUAUCAAUUAAAUCAAUGAAUAUUAAUGGAUACAAAAUAAGGAGUAUAUAUGGGAUACAUUCAUG